AUGUACUUCAACGAGCAUAAUGACCCGUUGGUGACAUUCAUCUUUGCAAUCAUCAUCAUCUCCUUCAUGUAUUUGGCCUUCGACCUUCUCAAGAAUCACUGCUGUGUCUCCCGCUCUAUGAGUCAUCACAUCCGCAACCGUAACCGUAACCGCCGCCCUACAAUGGUUUUCUUCGUCCCCACUAAUCCUUCUAAUACCACCUCGCGCGGUCUACAUCCCGCCAUCGUUAAUUCUCUUCCUGUUGUCACUUUCUCCUCCGACAAUGCGAGUCUGAGUGAUUGCUCCGUUUGUAUUUCUGAGUUCGAGGAGGGAGAAUUGGUUCGGGUUUUGCCCGGUUGUAAACACACUUUUCAUGUUGAAUGUAUUGAUAUGUGGUUUCAUUCUCAUUCAACUUGUCCUCUCUGCCGUUCACUAGUUGAGCUUCCCGCAACAACGGUGGAGGAGCAAGUCGCGAUCACGAUUUCUCCUGAACCGGUGGUUUCUGCUACUGAACCGGGAUCGACCGUGGUUGAGGUGUCGAGGAUGAGUCGGAUGGUAUCUUUUACUCGGAUGUUGAGCAGAGAUCGAAGAAGCGCCUCGUCUUCUUCUGCUGGUGCUCCAUCUCAAUCAGAGCCGUCGUCAAGCUGCGGGAUAGUGAUGACUGAAUCGGAUAUUGAGCGGGGAAGAGAAGAGAUUAAGUGA